AUGAAGAGCUCCAGAUCCCCUUUCAAGAAAUUUUCACACAGCAGGGAAGGUUCCACUGAUGAGAAACCUUCAUCGGUCCAUAAAAGGAUAAUCUCAGGUAGCGGCUCGGCGAAGCAUGCACGUAAUGUGAGCGGCAACAGUAUGGGAAAUGCGCCUCCGGUGUCUGGCAUUCAUGUUUCUCAUCGAAGAACGACGUCAAACUCUUCAAGGUCCUCUCAAAGCUCAAACUUUUUAGCAGAGCAGUACGAGCGGGAUAGGAAGGCCAUUAUAAGCAGUUGCUUCACAAUGUAUGAUAGAAACUCUGGGGCACCAAAUAACUACAUCACACACGUAAGGAUUAUUGAAGAUGCAAAAUCACCAAGCUCGAGACCACCGCCAAACGCCCAACUGCAGAACAAGAAAAAGAGAAUUCUAAUUUUGAGUUCUAAGCCCGACAGUCCUAACGCUAUCCAGCUGCACAAAGGACGUGAAAAUACGGAUGGCUCAUUUCAGAUUGGUAGAACCUGGGAUUUAAAGGAACUUAAAAGAGUUGAGCGAGAUACUGAGGUCGAUGAAGGCUUCGCUUUGACUAUGGGGAAAAAGUACUACUGGGAGACAAACUCUGCAAAGGAAAGAACUGUCUUUAUCAAGUCAUUAAUAAAUACGUACAUGCAGGCCUUUGACGGUCAUGUACCACAAUUGAUCAAUUGGGAUUUAUCCAUUUUCUAUUUGGAUGAGAGGAGUUACCAGAGAGCCGUUAUCACUAGGGUAUCAGGCACCGAUGCGGCGUCCGUCAACAAAACUAGUGGCCAUUCCAUGCCCCAAGCAGGACCUGCCUCUCCACUCGGUAAUAUUAAUUCGAUGCGAGACGCAGAUGCAAGCCAACAACCAACAGCAAAUCUUCUACACAGAGCACCGUACUCCAAUAGCCCGACAAUAGCUGAGGCAAGUAAGCGAUAUUCUUCUUCGCAGCAUGAAAACGAGGGGAAGCCAGUCGCUGAAGGCGAUGGUUUAAAUCAUAUGGUGACCACCGAUGAACCUUCGUUUAUCGACAAGAAUUUGGAUGCUAUGUCAAAAGCUAGUGUUGAACGCCAAGCCUUAUCUUCCGCUCGUAGCAGUCCCAGUAAGGAUGGCUACAGCUCCCAAUCCCAGGGAGGAGCAUCAGGUAACAGACGUGACCAUCUGUUGGAGGACCUGAAUAAUGUUCUUGCGUCAGAAAUACAAUAUGUUUCUGAAGCCGCUUCCAAUCUAGAACCAGGGCCACUGAGACCUAAGGAGGAGUCUUUUGUUCAUGAGGAUUUCUCAAAGGAAUCCCCACCCCUUGUGGCCAAAGUGGAGUCUAUUGUCGAAGAUAUUCGUUAUGAGCCGAUGGCUUUUGGAGAUCAAGACCUCGAUUUAAAUGAAACGAUUUCCAACGAAGGCGAUACAACUAACGAUCUAUCUUUUGAACGAGGGGAUGAGGUCCGUCAUAGCCAGGUUCUUGAGCCAGGCUCUUCCCAUACAUACCAUGAGGUAUCAACUAUUCAGGAAGAGGUACAGUUCGGUACAGAUAGGAUCGCCAAAGAUAAAAUGUUCCCAGCUCUUGAAGCUGACCGCGCCUCCGACAGCAAAGGUCCGCAAAUGAAAAAGAAAGCUUGGGACAUUGAGGAUGAAGAGAUUCUUGAGAUUUUGACAGACGUCAAUUGGGGAGCCGAAGAUGAUGCCGAUAAUUUAAUCGAAAGAUUGAACUCAAAAAUUGCAGAAGCGGAGUACAACUUUAACAAUUCUCUGCUAUCUUUGGAAAAGCUAGCCUUGGACUUACGGCCAUAUGAGCAAAAUGUUGCGCGAGAGUGUGAUAAACUUAAUCCAAUACUCUCUCUUUUCCUCAUGGAAAUGAGUAAUGUUUCUGGAGAUAUAGAGUAUGUGGAAAGUCAGCACAAUGGACUGCAGGUAGAAAGUGCGAAUAAAAAACAGCUGUGGAAUACCUUAAGCGAACUGCUUAACACGGUGUCUUUGGAUGAAGACAGUCUCGGGGAGCUUCUGAACUGCCCCAUAGCUGAAAGAUAUCUCGCCAAAAUGGAGGGCCAGCUCAGAGCCUUGUUCAAGGCCCUCAAAGCAAUAAAUGGUGAGGAAGAUGAAGAACAUUAUAAUUUGGGACAAAUGAGGGCUUUGAAGCAUAGAAGGGAAACAUACGAAAAAGUCACCAAGGUUUUCCUUGAAAGAUUGGUAAAUGAAAUGGUCGGGAAAUUCGUCAACAUCUCAAUAGAUGAACUCUCAGAAGAUCAUCUGACUAGUUUCUUGAGUCGUCUAUUAAGGUUUUCCUCUCUCAUCCUAUUUUGCAAAGAUGUAUCCCCUGACUCGUACAAGUAUCUUAUCGAGAAGUGGAACGGUACUAUUUGCGAGGUAUAUAAUAAGAUGUGCCAGUCUGUGUUGAGGGAACUAGAGCUUUUGAAGGCUACCUUACCUUCGAGGGAAAAAAGAACCAUCAAUGAAGAACCUGGCCUAGCGGAUCUACUGUCAGAAUGGAAACAUAUCAAGAGCAAGGAAAUUCCAAGGACGAAAGUCUCCACCUCUAGCGAGCUAGUUGGAAGUUUAAGAAAGGCUAUGGAAACUUUUGAAAGAUGGGUCAUAGUUUACCAGAAUUUCAUCGACAACUUCUUUCACAUCUGUUCAAAACUCGAUUUUGAGGAAUUCCUAACGCGCUUUGCCGCAGCAGAAAGUAGGACGGCCCAAUUGCUUGAAAUAAGAGGUAUGCAACCGGACAGAACCUCAGCGGCGGUUGAGACACAGCUCGUCUCCAAGAUAUUUCAGCCGAUUACCGCGCGCAUAUCAUCAGGGCUUAUUGAAGUUCUUAAAUGUGAUAGGUCAAUUGCUCCCGCUCUGAUGAUUUCGUUAGAGCGUGAGAUAAAAUCCCUGGAGUCGUCAAAUGCUGAAUUUUUGGUUAGCGCCCUCUCUAGACUGCUAUCUCAAGUUAUCCAAGUAUGGAGUGACUACGUUGACGACCAAGUGAUGUAUAUGCAAAGAAUCAGGAUAAAUGUCUCCUCAAGAAGCUUGUUACCUUCGGUGAUUGAAUUGCCAUUAUUUAUAAAAAACUCGCAGGACUUUAUCAGGGAAACAGAACUAGAGCUUCAAAUGGACGAUGAGGACGCCUUCGAGACACGCAAAAUUUUCGAAGCAGCUUGUUCUAAAAUGAGCAACUGCUUGGCAGACCUAUUUACGACAAAGAAUAAUGACACGAAGGAUUUGUUAGAUGCUGCUGAGGCCGCAGAAACCGUUCCCUCUGAAUCGGGGAACAUUGACAGGACAAUCACAUUACUGAUGAAUUGUCACUGGUUGCUCGAGAUACUGGCUCUGUUGAACAGCAGAGGCAUUUUUGACAACUCCUUGCGAGAGGCCAAAAGUGUCUUUGACGUUGAGAAAGAUAAUUACGCAUCUUAUCUUUUGCGAGAUUCGAUGCCAAAACUGACCUCUUUCAUCCAUGGCGCUAGUAACCUGAUCGCAAGCACCCCAACUGAUAGGAUGGUUGAUCCUUCCAAAUGGGCAGCCUAUAGCAAGCAUAACCUAGAAAUUAUUCUCUCAAGUUACACGUCUCACGAGAUUGACACUCUGGUCAAACGUUUGCAUGGAUAUAUGCUAGCACAUUUUGCCAAUGAGCCUGAUGAGUCCAUCAAAAAAGCUCUGUUUGACAAGAUUUGGUCCUGCAUCCAAGGGCAGACUGUGUCUCUUUACCUGAGGCUCUACACAUUGAUCGAGAAGCAUUACAAGGGAACGUACGUGAAAUUCACGAAGAACGACAUCAUAACAGCAUUCGAGAGCUAUAAGAAGCAACACGUCUAA